UUGGCGUUUUCUCUAUUGAUGAAAUUUGGCAUUUUCUUUAAAUUAUUAUUCGCAUAACCACCAACAAACCUAAUCUCCUAAUUCCUUUGAUCCAUUCCCAAAUUCCACUUCAACUUCACGAUCGCUUCAUUCUCCUGUAUCUGAUCAUUGGUUAAGAAUUUUAGAUUCUGGGUUUGUUUUAUUAAUCCCUUAUGGAGAAUCUUCCUGUUGAAGUUAUUGGUAAUAUACUAUCCCAUCUCGAGUCGGCUCGAGAUGUUGUCAUUGCUUCAUCAACUUGCAAGAAAUGGAGAGAAGCAUGGCGUUGCCAUCUUCAUACUCUUUCAUUCAACUCAUGUGAUUGGCCCAUUUAUCAUGAAUUAUCGUCCAAUAGUUUGGAAAUACUUAUUACUCAAACCAUUUUUCAAACCAAGGCGUUGCGGUGUUUAACGAUUUCUAUGGAUGAUGUUCAUGAAUUCUCUGCUGCAUCGGUUAUUGCUUGGCUUAUGUAUACGAGGGAUACGUUACGCCGGUUGCAUUUUUAUGUGAGGACACCGCCGAUGUUUAAUAUUAUUGAGAAAUGUGGUAGGCAGAAGUUGGAAGUGUUGGCGUUAGGUCGUAAUUUUAUCACGCGUGUGGAGCCGAGUUAUCAGAAGUUUCCUUGCUUGAAAUCGCUUUCGUUGAGUUUUGUUAGUAUCUCGGAAUUGGAUCUUUGUCUUUUACUUGCUGCUUGUCCGAGGCUUGAAACUUUGUCUAUGGUUAGCCCGGUAAUUGCCUCUUCGGAUUCGCAGGCUUCUAUGGAGAUUAGCAGUUCUUCUUUGAAGGAAUUCUCUGUUGAGUCAUUUGGUUUGGAUAAAUUUGUUUUAGAGGCGGAUUUACUUGAGCAUUUACAUCUUAAAGAUUGUACCUUUGAGGUUUUUGAAUUGAUUGGGAAAGGAACUUUGAAAGUGUUGAAGGUUGAUGAUGUGAGUGUUAUCCAUCUUGAUAUUGGCGAGAAUGCAGAUAACCUUGAGUUUGUAGACAUAAGCAACUUCACAAUUAUGUGGCCAAAGUUUUACCAUAUGAUCUCAAAAGCAUCAAAGUUACGUAGACUUCGGCUGUGGGGUGUUGUUUUUGAAGACGACGACGAAGUUGUGGACUUGGAAACGAUUUCUGUUUGUUUUCCUCAAUUGAGUCACCUAUCCUUAAGCUAUGAUUUAAGAGAUGGUGUACUUAAUUAUGGUUUGCAAGGUUUGUCUCUUCUGGUGAACGUGGCGGUGCUAGAACUUGGAUGGACUUCAAUCAAUGAUCUUUUUGCAACAUGGGUAGCUGGACUUUUGGAAAGAUGUCCCAACUUGACGAAAUUGAUAAUUUAUGGUUUUGUUUCAGAGGUCAAAAUACAUGAAGAGUGUCAAAUUUUGGCAAAAUUUACUGAAUUCAUUAUUGAACUUGGAAGAAAAUAUAUGCAUGUAAAGAUAGAGUUUGAAUAUGAAUAAUGAGUUCUGCAGUACUUUUCAAACCGUGUAAUGGAUAUUUUACUUUUCGCCUGUUUUACACCCGCUUUUAGGGAUUCCGUAGUUCUAUUCCUGGUUUUUUCUAUAAGAUUGAGAAAAGGUUUUGCAUCA